AAUCAAAAACAAAACUUACAAAAUAAAUCAAAUUUAUCCAAAAAACAAACUACACAUAGUACAGAAAGUAAUUCAGUAGAAAGAUUAAAUAAUAAAAAUGAAAAAAACAUGAUGAGGAAUAUGAAGUAUGUAUACACAUUUGGUGAAGAUUACCGAGGUGGCAUCAAUUAUGGCCAUAAAAAUUGUGUUGAUUUUUGGGUGCCAGUUCCACACAAUAAAGGUUGGAUUGAUGAUACAUUUUUGGAAACUGAAAUGAAAAAAACAAUCGAUAAGAAGAAUUUACAAAUUGAAGAACARCAGCAGAACAGGAUGAAAGCCAURGAAACUCAAAAGGACACGAUAAAAAGAACAAGACAGAAAAAAGCGUCGAUGCGUGCUGCUGCUUCGAACUCAAAAGCUAAAUCUAAGAAAGUAGUAAAAACUCCGAAAGUCAAGAAAGUGGAGGCGGUUCCCGCAUUCAAGUUGAAUAAAAACCGCAAUGGUGUAUAUACGAUGACUAUGAAUUAUUUGACGAAUGACGGGCGAUUGGACAAGACGGAAGAACCUGUUGUAUUUAAGUUAGCUGACCACACGAAUGAAAUUUUCGAUGGUGACUCCAAUUCGAGUUUAAAC